AUGUUUGUUAUACGAGAGACAGGGGAAAAGGGAGAGUUAGAGCACAGUGACAGAAACAGGGACAGGGACAGGGACAGGGACAGGGACACGGACAGAGACAGAGACAGAGACAGGGACAGGGACAGAGACAGAGACCAGAUCACCCAACUAUGUCUCUGUGGGGCACCAGGACACAGAGAGGAAUGCAGGAGAGAGUGGAGGGAAUGGAGGAGAGAGUGGAGGGAAUGCAGCCAGGGGAGAGUGGGGUCUUGGCUUUGCUGACUGACACACCCAUCACAAUAAGGCUUUUGUUUGUCCUUAAUUGCCACAUCAAUCAUUCAUCUGUUGGCUGAAGGAGUAGGGGAACUGGGGGAAGUCAAGCCAAAGGGUUAGAUGCCACCCCUUGUAUCUAGGAAACUAUAUACAAAAUCUAUCAUGUGAUCAAAUAUUUAGGAAGAGAUCAUACAGUCCUGUACAAUGGCUGUUUAGGACCAACAACAUGAUGUAACGUGUUUGGUCCACAAACAUCUAAUCUUACGAUGAGGGUGCUGCUACUGUAAUGACCUGUGAUCUAUAUAUAUGACCAUCUCACUCUGGGUCAGUGUAAUGCCUAUGUAUGUGACACCCACAAACACACCACUGCACUCUUAUAUACUAAUAUCUAUUUAGCAGACACUUUUAUCCAAAGAUACUUACAGACUUGCAUACAUUUACGUAUGGAUGGUCCCGGGAAUCGAAACCCUCUACCCUGGUUCUGCAAGCGCCAUGCUCCACCAAUUGAGUUACAAAGAGCAAUAUAUCAUAUUAUUAUAUGUGUGUAUAUUUGUGAGACCAUGGAAGCUAUUGUCCUCUUGACAGCCAAGCUGUAACCACAUCCAACAUGUAUGCCUGCUACAGUAGGCUACAUCCUGUAUCUCUGUAAAUCUGACCACAUCCUCCCCUGCCUCUGCUGUUACUGCUACAGGUAGUCUGAGAACAUCAAUAACACUUCUCACCACUUCCCUGAUAUCGGUGGUGGGCUACUAAUGAAUGCUGUGAAAACAAAUGUGCAUUGUCCCCGGCAACUAAGUUGGUGUAUUUAGUGAUCGUAUAUUACAGUUAUCCAUCACCAAAGUGAUACACUACCAGUCAAAAGGUUUAGAACACCUACUCAUUCAAGGGUUUUUCUUUAUAUUUACUACAUUGUAAAAUAAUAAUGAAGACAUCAAAACUAUGAAAUAUAUAAAUGGAAUCAUGUACUAACCAAAAAAGUGUUAAACAAAUAUAUAUAAAUAAAACAAAUAUAUUUGAGAUUUGAGAUUUUUCAAAUAGCCACCAUUUGCCUUGAUGACAGCAUUGUACACUCUUGGCAUUCUCUCUUCCAGCUUCAUGAGGUAUUCACCUGGAAUGCAUUUCAAUUAACAGGUGUGCCAUCACAGAAGGUAGCCCUAUUUGGUAAAAGACCAAGUCCAUAUUAUGGCAGGAACAGCUCAAAUAAGCAAAGAGAAACGACAGUCCAUCAUUACUUUAAGACAUGAAGGUAAGUCAAUACGGGAAAUGUCAAGAACUUUGAAAGUUUCUUCAAGUGCAGUCGCAAAAACCAUAAAGCGCUAUGAUGAAUCUGGCUCUCAUGAGGACCGCCACACGAAUGGAAGACCCAGAGUUACCUCUGCUGCAGAGGAUAAGUUCAUUAGAGUUACCAGCCUCAGAAAUUGCAGCCCAAAUGCUUCACAGAGUUCAAGUAACAGACACAUCUCAACAUCAACUGUUCAGAGGGGACUGUGUGAAUCAGGCCUUCACGGUCGAAUUGCUGCAAAGGAACCACUACUAAAGGACACCAAUAAGAAGAAGAGACUUACUUGGGCCAAGAAACACGAGCAAUGGACAUUAGGCCGGUGGAAAUGUGUCCUUUGGUCUGGAGUCCAAAUUGGAGAUUUUUGUUUCCAACCUCCAGUCUUUGUGAGACGCGGUGUUGGUGAACGGAUGAUCUCCGCAUGUGUAUUUCCCACCGUAAAGCAUGGAGGAGGAGGUGUUAUGGUGUGGGGGUGCUUUGCUGGUGACACUGUCAGUGAUUUAUUUGCAACUCAAGGUACACUUAACCAGCAUGGCUACCACAGCAUUCUGCAGCGAUAUACCAUCCCAUCUGGUUUGGGCUUAGUGGGACUAUCUUUUGUUUUUCAACAGGACAAUGACCCAACACACCUCCAGGCUGUGUAAGGGCUAUUUGAUGGAGUGCUGCAUCAGAUGACCUGGCCCCUACAAUCCCCCAACCUCAACCAAAUUGAGAUGGUUUGGGAUGAGUCGGACUGCAGAGUGAAGGAAAAGCAGCCAACAGGUGCUCAGCAUAUGUGGGAACUCCUUCAAGACUGUGGGAAAAGCAUUCCAGGUGAAGCUGGUUAAGCGAAUGCCAAGAGUGUGCAAAGCUGUCAUCAAGGCAAAGGGUGGCUAUUUGAAGAAUCUCAAAUAUAAAAUAUAUUUUGAUUUGUUUAACACUUUUUUGGUUACUACAUGAUUCCAUAUGUGUUAUUUCAUAGUUUUGAUGUCUUCACUAUUAUUCUACAAUGUAGAAAAUAGUAAAAAUAAAGAAAAACCCUUGAAUGAGUAGGUGUUCUAAAACUUUUGACCGGUAGUGUAUGGUGUGUCUUACCUAGUAUUUCAGAAAAGUUCUAUUAGACACAGAUGUGACACCAAUACAAUGUAAUCAGUCAAAAAAGCCCAGACAAAGGACCUGCUUCUCUAAUUGUUUCCAAUACUGCUGCAAUGCAUCAAUACAUAUUCAUAAAAACACCAUCAGUAUCUAUUUCAUAACAGUUACCAGGAAAUUGGCUUUGCCAUGGCAGUCAAAAAGAACACACUGUCCCAGAUUUGUUUGUGAGAUGUAUGUUUUUACAAGAUGAUUCUCAACCACUGGCUGAUCCUUGUGACUUAUUCCGCGUUAAUGUUCUUGUCCGAACAAGGACAUUUCUGGCAUGCUAACUGGUUGUAGUUAUACAUGUGCCGCGUUCAACAAGUUAGCAAGUCAUAAAUAAAUAAAUAAACUACAAAGCAAUUGACCGUAUUUUUUUGUUUUAUUUAUUUAACCUUUAUUUAACUAGGCAAGUCAGUUAAGAACAGAUUCUUAUUUACAAUGACAGCCUACCCCGGCCAAACCCGGACGACACUGGGCCAAUUGUGCGCCGCCCUAUGGGACUCCCAAUCACGUCCGGUUUAUGGGCAACCUGUUCUAUUUGGCAUUGACUGAAUAAAACCGAAUAGAAAGAGUUAGUCAUAUCUUAGAGAGGACAAAAUAAUGAAAAAGUAUUUCCCAGAAAAUACUGUAGACACAGUCAUUGUCUUUGUUCUCUGUUUGGAAACACACAUGCACGCACACACGUGGUUUCGAGCAUUUCACUCAAGCUAUAAUUAGGUAUGCCAGUAAUUCAGGUGACUGAUAAAAAGUGUGAUGACAGAAAAUCCCAAAUACAUUCCUUACUCACUCACCUUCAACCGUGGCCAUAGGGUUCAUCGGGAGCUGGGAUGUGAGAACAGAGCCGGGAGCAGAGCGGUGAUUGGCUAGAGAGACGCUGGUGACCUGUCUGUCACUCAGGCACACAGGAGUUUAAAUACCUGCGCUACCUGUCUCUCCCAAGAAAACGCUUCUCAUCGCAUCACUUCUUCUGAACGUGACAGCAGCAAAAUGAGGAAAUAUUGGUGCAGUUUCACGGACGAAAUAUUUAAAAACCAUGCGGCCACUGACACGGUAGGAUGACAUUCAACUAUGUUUGUGUAGCAGUCAAUUAUAUCAUGGUUGAUGGGAGGAAUGAUAUUUCAACCAAAGCAACUUCAUUCUGAUGACUGUCUUUUAAUUGAUCUUGUUAGCCUGGGGAUGAGGUUACUUUUUUUAGUCAGCAUAUAAAGAGGGUGAUUGGUGAAUAGACAAUACUUGCACAGCCCAAAUAACAAAUUGGUAGAUGUGGUUACAAACUGAUUUGUCUCUAUUGCAUACAACUUGCAUCGGCUACUAAUGUUCCCCUAUUGUCACUCUUAAUAAAGAAAGACUAAUUCCAUUGUGUUGCCAGUAUGGAACAAUGGCCUACCAUUGUCUUCUAAGCUAUUGAAAUCUGCUCUUACUUACUAUUAACAUCCCUGUGUCUGUCCGUCCAUCUGUCUGUCCGUCAUACAGGUUAAGGAUGACCAUGAAAAGCAGCAGCAGGACUCCCAUGUGGGAAGCAAUGACGAGAAUAUUGACCGGGGGAACUGGACCAAUAAGAGGGAGUACAUGUUGUCUAUGAUUGGCUACGCUGUGGGUCUGGGGAACGUAUGGAGGUUCCCCUACCUGGCCUAUAAGAACGGAGGAGGUAAGUGGAAACACACACACACACACACACUCACACAGACACUCACAUACUCCCUCAGUGAGAUAAGCCUGCUUAAUGUGCAGGAGUGACAAUGGGAACUCAAUACCCUAUAAUCAAACUUAUAAACUUAAUCAUGGCAGAACGUUCUUAAGGCAUAGUUCAGAUUGUUGUAUUUGCAUUGGUUUUAAGACCAUACACAGUCCCACCAUCCACUGGCCACCCCUCUCUCUCUCUCCCCCUCUCUCUCUCUCUCUCUCUCUCCCCCCUCCAGGUGCUUUCCUCAUCCCAUAUUUUAUCAUGCUAACUGUUGCUGGUAUCCCUUUGUUCUUCCUGGAGAGUUCCUUCGGUCAGUUCUGCAGCCAAGGCCCUGUCAAUGUGUGGAGGGCUCUGCCCAUAUUUCAGGGUAAGACUAACCCCUACUGCCGUAUCUAUAACCCUUUUAGCCCAUGCUCCAGUUACCUAUUACUCUUGGCCUUAACCCUUCAUUGUUAGCAAAUAUGUAACGUGUACGCAAUUUGUUGGAAGCUCCACCACUAUACUGUUUAUAUCUAAGCAGAUCCUUCAGAUCUGUUAACAUUGAAGGGUAAGGGCCAAGGGGGAGGGGUAAAGAGUGAAUUGGGACUGGCUGUAAGACUGUUUUUUCCAAGACUAGGAGCUCAUCUAUUCACUUCACCACUCAGACCUUUCUCUGUGUUUGAGUUUUGUGUGAGCAGCCAGCCCAUUAUACCACUGGAUCAGCCAUAUUGACCUUAGGGGAGAUUGGUCUCACGUUUGUUUAAACAGUGUAGUAAUGGUUAACCAUACGACCUGAACCGUAACUCUUUAUGGGUGGGAGUUCAGAGGAUAUAUCAGUACAGCCACAGGGCUAACCCUAACUCCAAGGUUGCCAGUCCAUUUAUCUACCCAACCCCUGGUUUAACCUAUAACCCUAAGGCUGCUGCGUGCCAUCCCUUUUCUUACCCAGCCCCAGGUUCAGUGGAUCACUGGGUCACUCUGUCAGACUGGCCUCUACAGGUAAACUGCCAAAAUAAAGUAAACACUUGAGUAAAUGAGGGAUACAAUUUAUAUUAAAAGCAGGUGCUUCCACACAGGUGUGGUUCCUGAGUUAAUUAAACAAUUAAUGCUUAAGGUCAUGUAUAAAACUGCCCAGUUGCCCAUUAUUUUGUCUAUCAUGGCUAGAAGAAGAUCGACUGGUGUGCUGACUCAAGCGCAAUGGAAUUGUCGACACAUUGUUCACCCAUCUUGGAAUACCUGAUGGUAAAAUGCUGACUCUUCUACCUCCUGAGGGAGUUUUCAGCUGUUAUCGUGACUGCUGUAUACAUUCCACCUCAGGAAAAAUAACAAGCUGGCACUUAACGAACUGUAAGAGGCUAUAAACAAGCAGGAAAACUUACAUCAGGAGGAUCACCGACCCGGAGGACUGAGUGAUUUCGCUCGCCAAGACCGACAUGAGCACGCCCCCAUCCACAUCGACGGGGCUGCAGUGGAGUGGGUCGAAAGCUUCAAGUUCCUCGGUGUCCAAAUCACUAAGGACUUAAACUGCUCCACACACACGCACACAGUUGUGAAGGCACGACAGCACGUCUUCCCCCUCUGGAGGUUAAAAAGGUUUGGCAUGGGCCCUCAAAUCUUCAAAGUUCUACAGCUGUACUAUUGAGAACAUCUUAACUGGCUGCAUCACUGCUUGGUAUGGCAAUAGCACCGCCCUCGAUCGCAUGACGCUACAGAGGGUGGUGCGGACAGCACAGUACAUCACUGGGGCUGAGCUCCCUGCCAUCCAGGACUUCUAUAUGAGACGGUGUGAAAGAAAGGCCUGGAAAAUCGCAUCAAAACGCAUAAAGUCUGACGCCAACAGGCUCCUGAACAGCUUCUAUCCCCAAGCCAUAAGAUUGCUAAAUAGCUAAUUAAAUAGCUAACUAAAUGUAUUUUAUUUAUAUUUUUGCACUGUCAAUGCACACUCACAGGGCUUUACAAACUCACACAACUGACACUCCAACACACACACAAACACUCACUUCACAAUUUGCUCACACACAUAUAAUAUGCACAUACAUUUAUACUGACUCUACACACACACACACCCACUCACAAACAAUCAUCAUAUAUGCUGCUGCUACUCUGUUUAUCAUGUAUCCUGAUGCCUAGCCAUCUUACCCAUAUACACUGCUCAAAAAAAUAAAGGGAAAACUAAAAUAACACAUCCUAGAUCUGAAUGAAUUAAAUAAUCUUAUUAAAUACUUUUUUCUUUACAUAGUUGAAUGUGCUGACAACAAAAUCACACAAAAAUUAUCAAUGGAAAUCAAAUGUAUCAACCCAUGGAGGUCUGGAUUUGGAGUCACCCUCAAAAUUCAAGUGGAAAACCACACUACAGGCUGAUCCAACUUUGAUGUCCUUAAAACAAGUCAAAAUGAGGCUCAGUAGUGUGUGUGGCCUCCACGUGCCUGUAUGACCUCCCUACAACGCCUGGGCAUGCUCCUGAUCAGGUGGCGGAUGUUCUCCUGAGGGAUCUCCUCCCAGACCUGGACUAAAGCAUCCGCCAACUCCUGGACAGUCUGUGGUGCAACGUGGCGUUGGUGGAUGGAGCGAGACAUGAUGUCCCAGAUGUGCUCAAUUGGAUUCAGGUCUGGGGAAUGGGCGGGCCAGUCCAUAGCAUCAAUGCCUUCCUCUUGCAGGAACUGCUGACACACACCAGCCACAUGAGGUCUAGCAUUGUCUUGCAUUAUGAGGAACCCAGGGCCAACCGCACCAGCAUAUGGUCUCACAAGGGGUCUGAGGAUCUCAUCUCUGUACCUAAUGGCAGUCAGGCUACCUCUGGCGAGCACAUGGAGGGCUGUGCGGCCCCCCAAAGAAAUGCCACCCCACACCAUGACUGACCCACCGCCAAACCGGUCAUGCUGGAGGAUGUUGCAGGCAGCAGAACGUUCUCCACAGCGUCUCCAGACUCUGUCACGUCUGUCACAUGUGCUCAGUGUGAACCUGCUUUCAUCUGUGAAGAGCACAGGGCGCCAGUGGCGAAUUUGCCAAUCUUGGUGUUCUCUAGCAAAUGCCAAACGUCCUGCACAGUGUUGGGCUGUAAGCACAACCCCCACCUGUGGACGUUGGGCCCUCAUACCACCCUCAUGGAGUCUGUUUCUGACCGUUAGAGCAGACACAUGCACAUUUGUGGCCUGCUGGAGGUAAUUUUGCAGGGCUCUGGCAGUGCUCCUCCUGCUCCUCCUUGCACAAAGGCGGAGGUAGCAGUCCUGCUGCUGGGUUGUUGCCCUCCUACGGCCUCCUCCACGUCUCCUAAUGUACUGGCCUGUCUCCUGGUAGCGCCUCCAUGCUCUGGACACUACGCUGACAGACACAGCAAACCUUCUUGCCACAGCUCGCAUUGAUGUACCAUCCUGGAUGAGCUGCACUACCUGAGCCACUUGUGUGGGUUGUAGACUCCGUCUCAUGCUACCACUAGAGUGAAAGCACCGCCAGCAUUCAAAAGUGACCAAAACAUCAGCCAGGAAGCAUAGGAACUGAGAAGUGGUCUGUGGUCACCACCUGCAAAACCAGUCCUUUAUUGGGGGUGUCUUGCUAAUUGCCUAUAAUUUCCACCUGUUGUCUAUUCCAUUUGCACAACAGCAUGUGAAAUUUAUUGUCAAUCAGUGUUGCUUCCUAAGUGGACAGUUUGAUUUCACAGAAGUGUGAUUGACUUGGAGUUACAUUGUGUUGUUUAAGUGUUCCCUUUAUUUUUUGAGCAGUGUACAUAUCUACCUCUAUCACUCCAGUAUCCCUGCACAUUGUCAACAUGGUACUGGAACUGACAGAUGCUGUAUAUAGUAUGCUUACUUACUUUCUCAUGUUCUUCUUAUUUUUAUUUCUUGUGUGUUUUUGUUCUACCUUAUAUUGUUUUUAGUAUUACAUUGUUAUUGAUUGUUGGGUAUAGAGCUUGCAAGAAAGGCAUUUCACUGUGCUUGUGCAGGUGACAUUAAAACUUGAUCUCAGUGAUUUUGAAAGAGGGGUCCCAAAGGAGCAUAGGGGGUUUAAAGGGUGUGUGUGUCUCAGUCACCAGAUCUCAACCCAACUGACCACUUAUGGGAGAUUCUGGAGCGGCGGCUGAUACUGCGUUUUCCACCACCAUCAACAAAACAGUUUCAGACACUUGUAGAAUCUAUGCCAAGGUUCAUUAAAGCUGUUCUGGCGGAUCGUUUAAGACACUUUGUGUUUCCUUUAUUCUGGCAGUUACAUGUAGCUGCUUUAUGAGCCAGAACACAGAUUGCACUUUUAUUGACUCAUGGUAAAGACGUUACUCAGUAUUGGAGUUACUCACUAUAAAUCAUUCUAUUGCUAUUGUUUUUAUAUAUUUACUGUCUACUGUAGUGUUUCCCAAUCCUGGUCCUGGGGACCCCUAACCUAACGUAGCAGGCGUAGAAAGACACCUAAGCCGAGUCCCAACCAUUUUUCAGGGGAAAUGGAAGUUAGGUUGAAAAUACUGUAGGUAUCCCUGCUCAGGUUAAGACCCAGAUGCAGACACAGGAGGCGGAUAGUACGAGUCUCAGAGUGUAUUACAGCACAAGGGGCAGGCAAUCGGUAGCUCAAGCUAGGCAAAGAGUUGUAAUCCAAAUCAGAGUCAGGCAGGUACAGGACGGCAGGCAGGCAGGAUCAGGGUCAGGACAGGCAGAAAGGUCAGAACUGGGAAGAUUAGAAAAAGCAAAAACUAGCACACAGGAACACGCUGGUAGGACUUGACGGGACAAGCCAAACUGGCAACAGACAAACAGAAUACGCAGGUAUAAAUACACAUGAGGUAAUGGGAGACACCUGGUGGGGGUUGGAGACAAUCACAAAACAGUUGAAACAGAUCAGGGUGUGACAGUAGCCCUGAAAAACAGAAACAUCCACUUUCUGCCCAAGGACAACAAAAAUGUGCAAACAAAAACGUACACCCCUUUGGGUCCCCAGAACCAGGUCAACAAAAAAAAACACUGGUCUAGGGUGUACAUGUAAGCAGUUUCUUAGUCAUACUUUUUGUUUGGGGGGGGAUUUGUUUCAACUGAAUUGUUUGCAUCAUUUCUAAUCCCCUUAUUUUAUUUAUUUUCUACACUUCUUUCCCUACCAUCCCUACCCUAAUUGGAGUAAACUAACAGACAACAAUACUUCUACUGUCACGAUCGUCAGGGAGAGACCAAUGCGCAGCGUGUUGAACGAACAUGGUUAACUUUAUUAUCUUUAGUGAUAAUAUACAACAAUAAACAAAACAAGAAACGACUCGUGAAGUCCAUGGUAACAAUGACCAACACCGAACAAGAACCCACAAACACAAAGGGAAAACAGACAGUUUAAAUAUGGCUCCCAAUCAGAGACAACCAGCCAACAGCUGACACUCGUUGCCUCUGAUUGGGAGUCACUCAGGCCAACAUAGAAAUAGACAAACUAGAACCCCCAACAUAGAAAUAUAACACAUAGAAUAAACACACCCUGGCUCAACAAAUAGAGUCCCAGAGCCAGGGUGUGACAGUACCCCCCCCAAAGGCGCGGACUGCGACCGCGCCUCAAUAAGAGCAAAACAGGGGAGGGCUGGGUGGGCAUACCUCCUCGGCGGCGGUUCUGGCUCCGGCCUUGCCCACCACCCUCCAAUAAACCCCCCAUAGCGCCCCUGGUCCGGUCUGGCCCCGCUGGCUGGAGCUGACCUGGACGUAGCAGGAGCGGCUAGCUUCAGCUCCGUUGUGGAGCAGUUGAGCGGUACCUGAUUUGGCACCGAUGACCCAGGCACGGGUUGUGCCGGACUGACGAUGCGCACCCCUGGCUUGGUGCGUGAGGCAGGAACUGACCGGACCGGGCUGACGAUGCGCACCCCUGGCUUGGUGCGUGGAGCAGCAACGGGCCGGACCGGGCUGACGAUGCGCACCCCUAGCUUGGUGCGUGGAGCCGGAACGGGCCUCACCGGACUGAUGACUCGCACCCCUGGCUUGGUGCGUGGAGCCGGAACGGGCCUCACCGGACUGACGAUUCGCACCCCUGGCUUGGUGCGUGGAGCCGGAACGGGCCUCACCGGACUGACGACUCGCACCCCUGGCUUGGUGCGAGUAGCAGGAACGGGCCUCACCGGACUGACGACUCACACCCCUGGCUUGGUGCGAGUAGCAGGAACAGGCUGGACCAGGCUGACGACUCGCACCCCUGGCUUGGUGCGAGUGGCAGGAACAGGCCGGGCCGGGCUGGCGACGCGCACCGUAGGCUUGGUGCGAGUGGCAGGAACAGGCCGGGCCGGGCUGGCGACGCACACCAUAGACUUGGUGCGAGUGGCAGGAACAGGCCGGGCCGGCGACGCACACCGUAGGCUUGGUGCGAGGGGCAGGAACAGGCCGGGCCGGGCUGGCGACGCACACCGUAGGCUUGGUGCGAGGGGCAGGAACAGGCCGGGCCGGGCUGGCGACGCACACCGUAGGCUUGGUGCGAGUGGCAGGAACAGGCCGGGCCGGGCUGGCGACGCGCACCGUAUACUUGGUGCGAGUGGCAGGAACAGGCCGGGCCGGGCUGGCGACGCGCACCGUAGACUUGGUGCGAGUGGCAGGAACAGGCCGGGCCGGGCUGGCGACGCGCACCGUAGACUUGGUGCGUGGAGCAGGGACAGGCCGGACUGGGCUGGCGACGCACACCGUAGGCUUGGUGCGUGGAGCAGGAACAGGCCGGACUGGGCUGACGACGCACCCCGUAGGCUUGGUGCGUGGAGCAGGAACAGGCCGGACUGGGCUGGCGACGCACACCGUAGGCUUGGUGCGUGGAGCAGGAACAGGCCGGACUGGGCUGACGACGCACCCCGUAGGCUUGGUGCGUGGAGCAGGGACAGGCCGGACCGGGCUGGCGACGCAUACCGUAGGCUUGGUGCGAGGAGCAGGGACAGGCCGGACCAGGCUGGCGACGUGCACCGUACACUUGGUGCGAGGGGCCGGAACAGGCCGGACCGUACUGGGGACACACACCACUGGCUCUACCUCGGGAUCUGGAAUGGGCCGGACCGGACUGGUAACACACCCCAGUACCUCUCGCCGUGCCUCUACACCUUCCCUCCCUGCUUUGACCAGUGGCCCCCGUAACCUGGUGGCCUUCUGAAUCCGCCCCUUUUCUGCCUCCGUCAGCCCCGUCGUCCAUGCCGUGUGCCCCCCCCUAAAAAUUUUCUGGGGUUGCCUCUCGCCUGUCCGACGUUGACACUGCUGACGCCGCUGCUCCUCUUUCGCCAGGGCCUUUCCCGGCGCUUCCUCCCAUGUCCAGUCCAAGUUCUGCUCCUGGACACGCUGCUUGGUCCUUACUUGGUGGGUUCUUCUGUCACGAUCGUCAGGGAGAGACCAAUGCGCAGCGUGUUGAACGAACAUGGUUAACUUUAUUAUCUUUAGUGAUAAUAUACAACAAUAAACAAAACAAGAAACGACUCGUGAAGUCCACGGUAACAAUGACCAACACCGAACAAGAACCCACAAACACAAAGGGGAAACAGACAGUUUAAAUAUGGCUCCCAAUCAGAGACAACCAGCCAACAGCUGACACUCGUUGCCUCUGAUUGGGAGUCACUCAGGCCAACAUAGAAAUAGACAAACUAGAACCCCCAACAUAGAAAUAUAACACAUAGAAUAAACACACCCUGGCUCAACAAAUAGAGUCCCAGAGCCAGGGUGUGACAUCUACUGCUACUUAUAGAUAUUUCACUCACAUCUACAGUACCUGUAGUUAAAUAAUUAUACAUAUAUUCCUAAUUUCUUCUUUGUUCAAUUGCUGGAUUUUCACCCACAGCGGCACAGUCAUACUUGUUUGUGACUCACCUAUUAUUUAUUUUCAUUGCCACUGCAGUUAUUCUAGCGUGUACUGUGGUGGAUCAAUGACACACUUAUCAUACUUCUUAUCAUAUACUCUGUCAGGUCUUCCUUGGAAUAGAGAAUGUUUACCUCAGUGGAACUUCCUUGUUUAGAUAAAUCUUAAGAAAAGGAACUACAACAUGACAGGUUGACCAGUACACCAGGAAUCUCUGGUUCUAGCUGUUUGGCUGAAUCAGUAUGUGAUAAAUAUGAAACUUCAGAGACCCUGUCACGUUCGUUUACAGACGGGACGGACCAAGGCGCAGCAUGAUAUACGUACAUGUUUAUUUAAAUGAAUAAACAACCGACAAAACAACAAACCGACGAAACGUGAAGUCCAAGGCAGCACAACACAACAUACCUUAACCGGAACAAGAUCCCACAACCCACUAGUGCCAAUAGGCUGCCUAAGUAUUGUCCCCAAUCAGAGACAACGAGCGACAGCUGCCUCUGAUUGGGAACCACACUGGCUAACAUAGAUCUAGACAACAUAGAAAAUCACACCCUGACUCAACAAAUGAGAGUCCCCAGAGUCAGGGCGUGACAGACCUGCAUGUCUUGUCAAUGAAGUGACUUUGCUAUCAUGGAUAGGGACAAUUCACCUCAAUUCAAUCUCUGCAGGAAGUGAAGUGAAGUGAAAUUCAGAUUCAAAUAUUGAAGAAUCCUCCUUGAUAAAAAACAAAUGGUAGUUCCGUGUAAACCUUUCCCCUCUACCUCUUCUCCCUCUCCUCUCCAGGUGUGGGUGUAGCCAUGGUUUUGGUCAGUACGUUAGUAGGCAUCUACUAUAACGUCAUCAUUGCCUACAGUCUCUACUACAUGUUUGCAUCCUUCCAGUCCCCUCUGCCAUGGAGCGACUGUUUCUACUGGUCCAACAGCAACUGUAGCCUCACUCCUAGAGGUACCUGUUUUAUAAUGUAGCAUCACAUCUAAAGAUGUAGGGAAGUUUCCAUGUUGUGCAGCUUUUACUCUUCUGUUGUGUUAAUUAGGCUCCAAACAGAAGAAAACCUGGACCUUGUCCAAUAUUUUUAAUUUUACGUUGCUAAACAUAUAGAAACAUGUUCCAUUGUGUGCUUUAAUGAACAUGACCCAGGUGAACCAGAAAAGAGUGCCCAGUAACUCUGCCACUUUGACUAAUGACUUCUGACCUUUACAGAAGUGUGCAACGUUACAACAGCUUCCAACUGGAGUGUGCCAGUACUUACAGCCAACAUGACGGUGUGGGAGAAUGGGACCUGCCCAGAGGGAAACAUAGUCAGCAUUCCAGUACAGAGUCCCAGCGAACAGUACUGGGAGUGAGUAACACACCCACACACCACAAUUCUAUUUCAUUUUUGCUCGCAGUCGAAAAUACUUCAGUGGUAGCGCAGGUUGUGUUGAAUGCCAGGUUGUCUGUAAUGAGGUGUGUAAACUGAGCCUGUCUGUAAGACAGGUUAGCGUUUUUCACCAUUAAUAUUGUUCUGGAGGCAGCUCUACAGAGUGGUCAAUAGCUGGCACAGCCACAAAGUCAUAAAAUUAGAUUUUAUACCUUAACCCUAACCUUAACCACACUGCUAACCCUAAGGCCUAACCUUAACCUUAACCCUACUUUAAAGAAAGUAUCACUGCCUCCUUCUCACAAAUGAUCCAAAAAAUAUAAAAAUUAAAUAAAGUUGGUUCAACACAGUGGCGGGUCAUUUUGACCCUAGGACAACGGGAGGGUUAAAUCAAGACCAAAAAGCACAUUUUAGUUUUCAUGAAUUUUUACAAUAUAUCCAGUCGGUAAGAUGGUCUAUCUGUCUGUGUGUCCCUCCCCAGCCUGGUGGCCUUACAAAGGUCUAGUAGUCUGGAUGAGACUGGUCCGGUGGUCUGGCAUCUGGCUCUCUGCCUGCUGCUGGGAUGGCUGCUUAUCGCCGCUGCCCUAUACAAAGGCAUCAAGUCCUCAGGAAAGGUCAGUAUGACCCAGAUCCAUUUUGUGUGUGUGAGUUGGUCCUGUCUUUCUGAUGUGUUUGUGUAUGUUGUGUGUCUAAUAAUUGUUUGUGUGUCUGUCACCAGGUUGUGUAUUUCACCGCUACAUUUCCCUAUGUGGUCUUGCUGCUUCUGCUGAUCCGUGGAGUGACACUAGAAGGUGCCAGAGACGGUAUCGAGUUCUAUAUCGGCUCCCAGUCCAACCUCACCAAACUGGGAGAGGCAGAGGUCAGGGACUAACCUCUCACCUUUCACCUUUGACCUUUCACCUCAUCUCUUCUCAGGAUCAAACCACUACCCUUUAACCCCACUAGGUCAGGGUUCCUCUCACCAUAUCUGCCACUGAUCAGAUGGAGAGGCAGUAUUAGUUUACCAGUUAGUUAUGUUGCACAAAGAGCAGGGCGAUCGCUCCAGUUUGAAGUCGAAGUUAGACGUCCAUCCAGGUCCCAAGAACGUCUGGGAUUGUCUUCAAAACAGUCCACUAGGGGCAACGGUGAGCACUAUUACAUUCAAGUAGGCUGGCAGCUUGCUAGGUUGUUGUGGACAUGGAUGUGCGUAUAAGCCAUGCUCCAGUGCCAAAGGUUGAAUGUCCAAUCCCAGUGUUAGACAAUUCAAUGUUUUGUUUUAAGCCUUUCCCAAACUUUAACCCUUAACCACUCUGAAUUAAUUCCUAAACUUAACCCUAUUUUAACCCUAUGCCCAAACCUUAUCCCUUAACGAGACACGAAACACAAGUGUUUUCGGUUUCACUUUUGUGGAGUUAUGUAACAGUGUCUCAACUUAAAUAUCAAAAACCGUUGUUUACCUUGACUUCACCCUUAGACGUUUGGAAAAACGUGAACAAACAUCAAAUUUCAAAGUCAAACUCUGAUACCUUGUAGCAAAGAGAUGGUUCACUCAAAAUGCAUAAUUGAUUGCUGUUGAAAGUUACUGAGGCUGACUGUGCCUUCUGUGCUUGUGCCUGUGUCUGUGGCAGGUGUGGAGGGAUGCAGCGACACAGAUUUUCUAUUCGCUGUCGAUAGCGUGGGGUGGAGUCACAGCCUUGUCCUCUUAUAACAAGUUCCACAACAAUGUGUUCAAGGAUGCGCUGAUCGUCUGCCUCACCAACUGUGGUACGGGACACUCACAAAACACACACACAAAACACACACACACCAGACCGAAGCUAAUUGCAUCAUAGAAACUAGGAAAUAUACAUUGAAGAACACUGUUCCAGUUCUUUCAUUGUGUUCCAGUACCAGUGUGUUUGAUCCUUCUUAAUGUCACUGUAUAGGUACCAGUGUGUUUGCAGGCUUCGCCAUCUUCUCCAUCCUAGGUCACAUGGCUCAUGUCUACGGAAAGCCUGUAUCAGAGGUUGCCCAGGCAGGUCAGUAGUACACCACUGUACUGUAUUCAGCUUUACCUGACACGAUAACCACCUAACAAACUAACAGUGUGUGUGUGUAGGUUUUGGCCUAGCAUUUAUUGCAUACCCUGAUGCCCUGUCCAAGCUUCCCAUCUCUCCUCUCUGGUCCAUCCUCUUCUUCUUCAUGCUGCUCACACUCGGACUCGACUCGCAGUUCGCUGGCAUAGGUCAGUCACAGACACACAUACACACACUACUAACUAGAACUAGACAAUGACCCCUGACCUCUGACUCUUGACCUCUGUUCCCUCAGAGGUCAUCUCCACCUGCCUACAGGACGCCUUCCCUGAAACCUUCAAAUCAAAAAACUCCAUCAUCCUUGUGGCUACCUGUGCCAUCCUCUUCCUGCUUGGCCUGCCGUGCGUAACCCAGGUAGGUCCUUAGUUACCGUGACAGAAGGAAGUCCUUAGAUACCACAAUUUCCUUCGCUGUUGACCAUUUUGUGCAAAUUAAUUCAUGCUUUAUGUGUGUGUAUUUGUGUGUGUGAUAACUGUGUGUGUGUCUCUCCAGGCAGGGAUAUACUGGGUGACUCUGAUGGAUCAGUUCUGUGCUGGCUUUGUUCUACUGAUCGCUGCUCUGCUGGAGCUCAUUGGAGUCUUCUACAUCUACGGUAAAUUGAAAUAUGCUACAUACAGAUGUAGGAUCUUAAUUUGAGCCAGUUUGCUAAAGCAGGAAAAUAAUCCUGCAGCAACAGGAAAAGUGAAUUAUUAUGUGGAUUGUAAUGAAUGGGAAGUCUUAUGUAGGUAUUAAUAAUUUUUUUGUUAGGGAAAAUCAAGUCUGACAUUUUAAAGUGGGAAUUAGAAGCCUUUUUAAACCUCGAAUACACUACAAGUUUGCAUUUCCUGCUGUGCAGGAAAAUUCUCAGCAACAAAAGAGUGAUCAAAUUAAGAUCCUACAUCUGUACAGGUAACUACAAAAUAAUAGAAACACUUCAGUAAAUAAGGGAUACAAAUUAUAUUGAAAGCAGGUGCUUCCACACAGGUGUGGUUCCUGAGCUAAUUAAGCAAUUAACAUCCCAUCAUGCUUAGGGUCAUGUAUAACAAUGCUGGGCAGGCCAUUAUUUUGGCCAUUAUUUUUGCUACCAUGGCUAUGUCCCUAUAGGAUGACAAUGCCCCCAUCCGCAGAGCACAAGUGGUCACUGAAUGAUUUGAUGAGCAUGAAAUAUUUAAACCAUAUGCCAUGGCCGUCUCAGUCACCAGAUCUCAACCCUAUUGAACACUUAUGGGAGAUUCUGGAGAAGCGCCUGAGACAGCGUUUUCCACCACCAUCAACAAAACAUCAAAUUAUGGGAUUUAUCGUGGAAGAUUGGUGUCACAUCCCUCCAACAGAGUUCCAGACACUUGUAGAAUCUAUGCCAAGGUGCAUUGAAGCUGUUCUGGCUCGUGGUGGCCCAACGCCGAGCAGCCCAGCGACACAAGCCCACAGGAAGAGCUAAAUGCCUUCUAUGCAAGCAACACUGAACCAUGCAUGAGAGCACCAGCUGUUCUGGACGACUGUGUGAUCUCACUCUCCGUUGCUGAUGUGAGUAAAACCUUUAAUAGGGUAACAUUUGCAAGGCUGCAGAGCCAGACGGUAAACAAGGACACGUACUCAGAGCAUACGCUGACCAGCUUGCAAGUGGUCCUCUGUAGCUCAGCUGGUAGAGCACGGCGCUUGUAACGCCAAGGUAGUGGGUUCGAUCCCCGGGACCACCCAUCCACAAAAAUGUAUGCACGCAUGACUGUAAGUCGCUUUGGAUAAAAUAUUAUUAUAAGUGUCUUCACUGUUACACCAACUUGUUUCAAGUAGACCACCAAAGUCCCUGUGCCCAAGAACGCCAAGGUAACGUGCCUAAAUGACUAUCACCCCGUAGCAGUCACAUCUAUAGCCAUGAAAUGCUUUGAAAGGCUGGUCAUGGCUCACAUCAACACAAUCAUCCUAGACGCCCUGGACCCACCAAUUCUCGAACCAAUAGGACCCUGAACAGCUUCUACCCGCAAGCCAUAAGACUGCUAAACAAGACUGCUAAAUAGCUUAUCAAAUGGCUACCAGACUACCUGCAUUCCCAGCUAACAAUUCUAGGAAGAGGUCAAUAUAUAUAUAUAUAUAUAUAUAUAUAUAUGCUACACACAAUGUUCCCCUAAUGUUUGAGUGUCCAGUUUUUCCUUUGUUAGGGGAACAUUCUAUCUACGUUAGCACAAACCUUCUGAGGACCUUUUUAGCAUGUUUAGGUGUUAAAGUUAGGAGAAUAUUCCCUUAAUGCCAAACAGAAAUGAUCUAGAAUGUGGUUAUAAUGUUCUCAGAAUAUACAACAUUCAUGUUCUAGACACGUUUUAUGGGAAGUUGCAAGAACAUUCAUGUGUCCAGUUUUCUGAGGGUUAGGAGAAUAUUCCAUAAAUGUCCCACCAAACAUACACAGAACAUGGUUGCCAUGUUUUCAGAUUAUACAAUAUUAGUGUUCUAGAUGCGUUUCAUGGGAAUGUUGGAAAAACUUUUCUGUGUAUCAGUUGUCCGGACGUCGCCUGAUGGUCCCAAGGAAACGUUCUCCAAAAUGUUUCACUACGCAUCACGCCUUGUUACUGUUGCCAAGCCCAUCAAGGCCCUGAUUGGUGAACCACUGAUCCGUUCACAGCUCUUUUUGUCUGUUGGCAAGUUUAGGGACAAUCACACACAUUGAUUUUAAAUUUACAUAUUUAACACACAUGAUUACAUUGUGCAUGUACACUUAUUCAACAUGUCCUCACCUGGGACUUGAACUCAGAUCUUCCUGCUAUGCCACCAUGUCUGUGUCAGUUAUCAGUUAAUUUGACUAUUCUAUCAUCAUCGACUAAAUUUAAUUAUUUCAAUAAUUUAAGGGCUUUCUGUAUAGUUUUCGAAUGUUGGUGGGGCAUACACUUUCACACACACUGCUACUUUCUAUUAUCUAUCCUGUUGCAUAGUCACUUUACCCCUACUAUAUAAACAUAGCUACCUCAAUUACCUCGUACCAUUGCACAUCGACUUGGUACUGGUUCUCCCUGUAUAUAGCCAUGUUAUUGCUAUUCACUGUGUAUUUAUUCUUCUUGUCACUAUUUUAAUGGUUUUAUGUUUAUCUUUAACUCUGCGUUGUUGGAAAAUAACCUGUUAGUAUUUCCCCUGUUAGUCUACAAAUUACAUGACAAAUAACAUUGGAUUUAAGACACCUUAUUUACAUUUUAGUCAUUUAGCAGACGCUCUUAUCCAGAGCGACUUACAGGAGCAAUUAGGGUUAAGUGCCUUGCUCAAGGGCACAUCGACAGCUUUUUCACCUAGUCGGCUCAGGGAUUAGAACCAGCCACCUUUCGGUUACUGGCACAACGCUCUUAACCACUAGGCUACCUGCCGCCCCUUAUGUUGGUGUUUCCUUUUUAGUUGGCAGUUACCUAUUCUAUGACAUGUAUUACGUGUAUGUGUGUAGGAGGAAACCGUUUCAUUAAGGACAUAGAGAUGAUGAUUGGGACGAGGAGCUUUCUCUUCUGGCUGUGGUGGAGAGCAUGUUGGUUCUUCAUCUCUCCCGCCAUCAUCAUUGUGAGUUCUCUCUCUCUCUGCCUCUCUGUCUCUGUCUUCCUCUUUAGAACUUAGAUUCUAUCCUACCUGGCUCUCUGUUCAAUGGUCCUCAUUUCUCUAACCCCUUUGUUUCUCUAACAGACGUAAGCACACUCUCUAACGCCUGUGUGUGUGUGUGUGUGUGUGUGUGUAUGUUGUUGUUGUUGAUGUGUAGGUGAUCCUGGUGUGGUCGUUGUUGACGUUCCGUCCCCCGUCCUACGGUACGGUGCAGUACCCUGCGUGGGGGGUGGCUCUAGGAUGGUGUAUGAUCGCCUUCUGUCUCAUCUGGAUCCCCCUCCUCGCUAUCUGGAAAAUACUCACCUCCCAAGGAAACCCUUGGCAGGUGGGUGUGUGUUUGUGGGUGACAGAGAUGUGGCUCCUUUGGACUUCUGAGAGUGUUUGGAACUUCUCCUGCAAUUGUCAGAAUCCUUUUUUAGGAUCUAGCGUCUGAAGUAUCUGUCUGUGUGUCUCCAAGUGUCUGCAGUGUAUGUGAAUCCAUUAAAGUUACAUGAAUGUGUCUCUGUCUGCAGCGUCUGUGUGCUGUGUGUUCUCCUGUGGAGAGUUGGGGUCCGUACCUGGAGGUCCACUGGGGAGAGGGUUAUGCAGAUGGACGAUGGUACUACAGGAAGAACUCUGUCCACCUGCCAGACAACAAUGUUUACAUCAUCCCCAACAACCUCACACGCCUCUAACCCCCUGGUGUGUGUGUACAGUGGGGGAAAAAAGUAUUUAGUCAGCCACCAAUUGUGCAAGUUCUCCCACUUAAAAAGAUGAGAGAGGCCUGUAAUUUUCAUCAUAGGUACACGUCAACUAUGACAGACAAAAUGAGAUUUUUUUUUCCAGAAUAUCACAUUGUAGGAUUUUUAAUGAAUUUAUUUGCAAAUUAUGGUGGAAAAUAAGUAUUUGGUCAAUAACAAAAGUUUCUCAAUACUUUGUUAUAUACCCUUUGUUGGCAAUGACACAGGUCAAACGUUUUCUGUAAGUCUUCACAAGGUUUUCACACACUGUUGCUGGUAUUUUGGCCCAUUCCUCCAUGCAGAUCUCCUCUAGAGCAGUGAUGUUUUGGGGCUGUCGCUGGGCAACACGGACUUUCAACUCCCUCCAAAUAUUUUCUAUGGGGUUGAGAUCUGGAGACUGGCUAGGCCACUCCAGGACCUUGAAAUGCUUCUUACAAAGCCACUCCUUCGUUGCCCGGGCGGUGUGUUUGGGAUCAUUGUCAUGCUGAAAGACCCAGCCACGUUUCAUCUUCAAUGCCCUUGCUGAUGGAAGGAGGUUUUCACUCAAAAUCUCAUGAUACAUGGCCCCAUUCAUUCUUUCCUUUACACGGAUCAGUCGUCCUGGUCCCUUUGCAGAAAAACAGCCCCAAAGCAUAAUGUUUCCACCCCCAUGCUUCACAGUAGGUAUGGUGUUCUUUGGAUGCAACUCAGCAUUCUUUGUCCUCCAAACACGACGAGUUGAGUUUUUACCAAAAAGUUCUAUUUUGGUUUCAUCUGACCAUAUGACAUUCUCCCAAUCCUCUUCUGGAUCAUCCAAAUGCACUCUAGCAAACUUCAGACGGGCCUGGACAUGUACUGGCUUAAGCAGGGGGACACGUCUUGCACUGCAGGAUUUGAGUCCCUGGCGGCGUAGUGUGUUACUGAUGGUAGGCUUUGUUACUUUGGUCCCAGCUCUCUGCAGGUCAUUCACUAGGUCCCCCCGUGUGGUUCUGGGAUUUUUGCUCACCGUUCUUGUGAUCAUUUUGACCCCACGGGGUGAGAUCUUGCAUGGAGCCCCAGAUCGAGGGAGAUUAUCAGUGGUCUUGUAUGUCUUCCAUUUCCUAAUAAUUGCUCCCACAGUUGAUGUCUUCAAACCAAGCUGCUUACCUAUUGCAGAUUCAGUCUUCCCAGCCUGGUGCAGGUCUACAAUUUUGUUUCUGGUGUCCUUUGACAGCUCUUUGGUCUUGGCCAUAGUGGAGUUUGGAGUGUGACUGUUUGAGGUUGUGGACAGGUGUCUUUUAUACUGAUAACAAGUUCAAACAGGUGCCAUUAAUACAGGUAACGAGUGGAGGACAGAGGAGCCUCUUAAAGAAGAAGUUACAGGUCUGUGAGAGCCAGAAAUCUUGCUUGUUUGUAGGUGACCAAAUACUUAUUUUCCACCAUAAUUUGCAAAUAAAUUAAUUAAAAAUCUUACAAUGUGAUUUUCUGGAAAAAAUAUUCUCAAUUUGUCUGUCAUAGUUGACGUGUACCUAUGAUGAAAAUUACAGGCCUCUCAUUUUUUUAAGUGGGAGAACUUGCACAAUUGGUGGCUGACUAAAUACUUUUUUUCCCCACUGUAUGUGUGUGUGUGUGUGUCAGUGGAAGCUACUGGGGAGGAUGGCUCAUAAUACUUGCUGAAAUGGAGUGAAUGUGUUUGAUGUAUUUGAUACCAUUCCACUACUUCCACUCCAGUCAUUACCACGAGCCCGUCCUCCCCAAUUAAGGUGCCACCAACUGUGUGCGUGCGCACGUGUCUGCGUGCGUGCGCACGUGUGCACACUAGGUGACAAAUCUGUCAUUGUGCCCUUGAGCAAGUCACAUAACCCUAAUUGCUCAUGUAAGUCGCUCUGGAUAAGAGCGUCUGCUAAAUGACUAAAAUGUAAAUGUGGUAUCUCCACUUUUAAUAAGAUUUUAUAAACGUUUUAUACGUACACUCCCCUAUGUAUUUAUUUUGACAGUAAAGCUAAAAUGUUUAAUUUUGCUCUAUGUUUUAUAUUUGACCUUCGUCACAGAAUGUCACCUUUUAUUUGAGGGUAUUUUCAUACAUAUCUGUUUUACCAUUUAUUUCUGAAUACACUUUAUGUAUUGAGUUCCCCCAUUUGAAGGUGUCAUAAAUAUUUGGACAAAUUAACUUGUAUUGAGUUUAAUAUUUGGUCACAUAUUCCUAGCACGCAAUGACUACAUCAAGCUUGUGAUACUCAAAAGGUCAAAUAGGGGGUACUUAUAUUUGUCCUGCAUGUACAAGUGUGAAAUGGAAAUGUUUUUUUUGCAUAUCCCAACUCCCCCUGAGAGUCGGGUCACAGCCAGGGAUCAGCCAUUAUUGACGGUGACCCUGGCGCAAUUAGUGUUAAGUGCAUUGCUCAAGGGCAGAUCAACAGAUUUUUUACCUUGUCGGCUCCGGGAUUUGAAAUAGCAACCAAUGCUCUAAAUGAUGUAACCUCUAGGCUACUUGCCGCCCUCUACAACCUUGUUGGAUGCAUUUGCAGUUUGUUUUGGUUGUUUCAGAAUGUUGUGCCCAAUAGAAAUUAAUGGUAAAUAAUGUAUUGUGUCAUUCUGGAGUAACUUUUAUUGUAAAUAAGAAUAGAAUAUGUUUCUGAACACUUCUAAAUUAAUGUGGCUGCUACCAUGAUUAAUAGUGAAUAAUGAUGAGUAAGAAAGUUUUGACUACUUUAAUACACAUAUAAGUGAAUUUCUCCAAAUACUUGACACCUUCAAAUGGGCAGACUAGAUACAUAAAGUGCUUUUUUUUUCUAAACGGUAAAACGGAUAUGUAUGAGAAUACGCUCAAAUAAAAGGAGACAUUCUGUACUGUCGCCACAUGUAAAACAUUUGAGUAUAUAGCCAAAUUAAAAGUUUUAAAUUCACUGUCCAAAUAAAUAUGUAGGGGAGUGUAUGUGUGUAUUUCAUACGUGUGUGUGAUCAUUAUGAAUUCUUGUGAUUUACUUAUUAAUUAUUUAAUUAGGAAUUCUUAGUUUCACUUUGCACUGUGGUCUUGCCUGUUGUUUUUAAUGUUUUAAUUCAUAAAACCACAGAUUUUACAUGAAGUUGAAGUAGUUUUCUAUUUACUGUUGUCUACAUGAUGUUUACUGUGCUCCCUUUCAGUCAGUCACACGGUAUCACAUACUAUGGGGAGUCAACGACCAAUCCUAUUCAAUUGAAGCAAACUGAAAUCACGCCCAACAGGCCAAUGGAUGCCGAGCCCGCCCUCGGAAGCCACAACUUCCUGGUUAUAAUACCAGGGCUCGCAUCCAUUUCCUAAAUUAUUCGCUUUUCAGCUCGCUUGAAGGAAGAACUUGUCACGCAAUUUACAAACUUUUCAAGCACACAAAGGCUACAAGGUUCGGCUCUGACUUAGGUGUCUGUUAACCUCUGGAUGGGUGUCCCGUGAAUGGGACAGUUGUUACUCAAUAUGUAUAAUGUGACUACAACUAUGUUGUAAACAACAGCCACUUUUCCGGGACAUAUACGUGUCUUAUAUGGGCAGAAAGCUUAAAUUAUCGUUAAUCUAACUGCAGUGUCCAAUCGACAGUAGCUAUUAUAGCGAAAAAAUACCAUGCUAUUGUUUGAGGAUAGUGCACAACAACAAAACACUUAUCACGGCGACAGGUUUGAUUCAUUCACAUCUGAAGAUAAAUAAUGUACUUACAUUCAGUAAUCUUGCUCUGAUUUGUCAUCCUGAGGGUCCCAGAGAUAAAAUAUAGCGUAGUUCUGUUUGAUAAAACCUACUUUUAUAUCCUAACACGAUCCAUGUUGUAUGCAUGAUCGAUGUUGUAUUCCCACUCGUUCAACUUGCAAAGAAAGAAAUCUGUGAAAAUUGAAAGCCAAACCUUGUUUCAGCCAGUCAAGUUAGAUUCCUAUUUAUUCCUCAGACACUCCAGAAGGUAACCAGCCUUUCUUUGAUCAUUCUGCCUUAGGUAUAUCCGAUACAGAAACAUUUUUAGCCAUGAAGACACAACAUAAUUACAAGCCGAUGAGACGGGCGGUGUUCACUUGAUUGAUUGUAUCUUGGUCCAAUGACCACCUAUCGUUUUGAAACAUAGCUAGCUAGCCCUCAUCCCCAAGCAUUUACUGUGGCAACAGUGCUUCCAAAUGGCUCGGUCAAUGGGGGCAAGUUACUGGUUGUCGAGGUCCCCAAACCCGGUGUUCACCGGGUAACAGAACGCACAGUUCCUUCCCCACGUUUGGACACACAGUUGUCAAGAGUGGUGGAUAUGAAAACAAGCAUGACAAAAAAUAUAUAUUAUCCCAGUAGUCAGGAUGGCCUUCUGCCCCUUCAGGAGAUAAUAUAUGUGGUCCUCUGUAGCUCAGCUGGUAGAGCACGGCGCUUGUAACGCUAAGGUAGUGGGUUCGAUCCCCGGGACCACCCAUACACAAAAAAAAAUGUAUGCACGCAUGACUGUAAGUCGCUUUGGAUAAAAGCGUCUGCUAAAUGGCAUAUUAAUUGAAAUUAAUUAAUAUGGGAGACUGGCAGCGUGCUCUGUCCAGUGGCGGGCAUGCACAGUUUCACUGUGGGUGAUGAAGACGAGGGGGUAGGGUCUGUAGUUCGCUGUGCGUCCUCCUCCUUUUCGUGGUAUGAUAACAUCAUUGGUCCCCAAGGUCCCAGCGCCUGUCUUGAGAGAGGAGAUUUCCUCUCUCCUUCAAAAGUAGCCUAUUCGGUUGGUCCCCGUGUCAGAAGUACAGAGCGGUUGGUACAGCUGGUACUUCUUAGUUCUCAAGAGUGAUGUAACGUUGCAUAACAUCCUGGACUUGCGUGUUUUAAACAAGCGCCUCAAGAUUGCAAGUUCAAAAUGCUUACACUUCACCCGCUAUCCACGUGACUGUUGUUGCAGGGGGUUCUCAUGGGCCGGGUAGUGUACCGCAGGGUGACCAUGACAGACACAUCCUUACUGGGAUGGGGAGCGCUGUGUGUGGGCUACUUGGAAAGAGGGAUUUGGUCAACAGCGCAAAGGGCACUGCAUAUGAAUUACCUAGAGCUACUGAUUGUUUUGCUAGCACUGAGACGUUUCCUUCCGAUGUUGGAGGGCAAGCAUGUGUUGGUAAGGUCCGACAACAGGACAGUGGUGGUGUACAUCAACAGGCAGGGAGGGACGCGGUCUCUCUCUCUCCUAAACCUGGCCCCUUAUCUGCUCGUAUGUAGCGGUGCACAUUCCCUGGAUAGAAGGAUUACUUUUAUCCUAUCCCAGGUAUUCCUUAAAGAGGUGGGGUUUCAAGUGUCUCCGGAAGGUGGUGAGUGACUCCGCUGUCCUGGCGUCGUGAGGGAGCUUGUUCCACCAUUGGGGUGCCAGAGCAGCGAACAGUUUUGACUGGGCUGAGCGGGAACUGUGCUUCUGCAGUCACCGCUUUGAUGUUAGCGGAGAACGACAGGGUGUUGUCCAGGGUCACGCCAAGGUUCUUUGCACUCUGGGAGGAGGACACAACAGAGUUUUCAACCCUGAUGGCGAGAUCAUGGAGCGGGCAGUCCUUCCCCGGGAGGAAGAGCAGCUCCGUCUUGCCAAGGUUCAGCUUGAGGUGGUGAUCCGUCAUCCACACAUGUCUGCCAGACAUGCAGAGAUGCGAUUCGCCACCUGGUUAUCAGAAGGGGGAAAGGAGAAGAUUAAUUGUGUGUCGUCUGCGUAGCAAUGAUAGGAGAGACCAUGUGAGGAUAUGACAGAGCCAAGUGACUUGGUGUAUAGAGAGAAUAGGAGAGGGCCUAGAACUGAGCCCUGGGGGACACCAGUGGUGAGAGCACGUGGUGCGGAGACAGAUUCUCGCCACGCCACCUGGUAGGAGCGACCUAUGAGGUAGGACACAAUCCAAGAGUGAGCCGCGCCGGAGAUGCCCAACUCGGAGAGGGUGGAGAGGAGGAUCUGAUGGUUCACAGUAUCAAAGGCAGCAGAUAGGUCUAGAAGGAUGAGAGCAGAGGAGAGAGAGUUAGAUUUAGCAGUGCGGAGAGCCUCCGUGACACAGAGAAGAGCAGUCUCAGUUGAAAGACCAGUCUUGAAACCUGACUGGUUUGGAACAAGAAGGUAAUUCUGAGAGAGAUAGCAAGAGAGUUGGCUAAAGACGGCACGCUCAAGAGAUUUGGAGAGAAAAGAAAGAAGGGAUUCACACUAGGUUGCAAAUAUCUCACCCAUGUGACUUCACAUCAGGAUGUGAAUAUCACACCCUCAUGUUAUACAUUUUUUUACCACAUGUUGUACGUAAACAUCUCACCCCACUGUUCUGAUUAUUGUAGUGUGGAUGUGAUGGGUUAGUUAGGAGGGGGUCCGUGUGUCUGUGUGCGACAUGUUGUGAAAGGUGUUGGUUGGGUGAACGAGACUAUAGUGUUGAUCAAGGGCUAAUGUAUGGGGGUUGCGUCUGGGCAUGAACACUGUACAUUUCUAUAUUUUAUACAUCAUAAAUGUAUCAAAUUGACAUAAAUGUAUGUUUACAUUUUACAUUUACAUUUUAGUCAUUUAGCAGACGCUCUUAUCCAGAGCGACUUACAGAAGCAAUUAGGGUUAAGUGCCUUGCUCAAGGGAACCAAAUCAUACAUGGAUGUGGCUGCACUACAUCAUCAUUCUCCAUCUGCCAGUGUGCUUCAAUUGGACAAAGUAGCAAGAGUCACUCAUGUGCUACCAUUUGGAAUUAUAGUGUGCUAUAAACUGGGUAGUUCAAGCCCUGAAUGCUGAUUGUGCUGAAAGCCAUGUUAUAUUAGACCGUAUGCCACGGGUAUGACAAAACGUUUAUUUUUACUAUUCUAAUUACGUUGGUAACCAGUUUAUAAUAGCAAUAAGGCACCUCAGGGGAUUGUGGCAUACAGUGGGGAGAACAAGUAUUUGAUACACUGCCGAUUUUGCAGGUUUUCCUACUUACAAAGCAUGUAGAGGUCUGUAAUUUUUAUCAUAGGUACACUUCAACUGUGAGAGACGGAAUCUAAAACAAAAAUCCAGAAAAUCACAUUGUAUGAUUUUUAAGUAAUUAAUUUGCAUUUUAUUGCAUGACAUAAGUAUUUGAUCACCUACCAACCAGUAAGAAUUCCGGCUCUCACAGACCUGUUCGUUUUUCUUUAAGAAGCCCUCCUGUUCUCCACUCAUUACCUGUAUUAACUGCACCUAUUUGAACUCGUUACCUGUAUAAAAGACACCUGUCCACACACUCAAUCAAACAGACUCCAACCUCUCCACAAUGGCCAAGACCAGAGAGCUGUGUAAGGACACCAGGGAUAAAAUUGUAGACCUGCACAAGGCUGGGAUGGGCUACAGCACAAUAGGCAAGCAGCUUGGUGAGAAGGCAACAACUGUUGGUGCAAUUAUUAGAAAAUGGAAGAAGUUCAAGAUGACGGUCAAUCACCCUCGGUCUGGGGCUCCAUGCAAGAUCUCACCUCGUGGGGCAUCAAUGAUCAUGAGGAAGGUGAGGGAUCAGCCCAGAACUACACGGCAGGACCUGGUCAAUGACCUGAAGAGAGCUGGGACCACAGUUUUAAAGAAAACCAUUAGUAACACACUACGCCGUCAUGGAUUAAAAUCCUGCAGCGCACACAAGGUCCCCCUGCUCAAGCCAGCGCAUGUCCAGGCCCGUCUGAAGUUUGCCAAUGACCAUCUGGAUGAUCCAGAGGAGGAAUGGGAGGAGGUCAUGUGGUCUGAUGAGACAAAAAUAGAGCUUUUUGGUCUAAACUCCACUCGCCGUGUUUGGAGGAAGAAGAAGGAUGAGUACAACCCCAAGAACACCAUCCCAACCGUGAAGCAUGGAGGUGGAAACAUCAUUCUUUGGGGAUGCUUUUCUGCAAAGGGAACAGGACGACUGCACCGUAUUGAGGGGAGGAUGGAUGGGGCCAUGUAUCGCGAGAUCUUGCCCAACAACCUCCUUCCCUCAGUAAGAGCAUUGAAGAUGGGUCAUGGCUGGGUCUUCCAGCAUGACAACGACCCGAAACACACAGCCAGGGCAACUAAGGAGUGGCUCCGUAAGAAGCAUCUCAAGGUCCUGGAGUGGCCUAGCCAGUCUCCAGACCUGAACCCAAUAGAAAAUCUUUGGAGGGAGCUGAAUGUCCGUAUUGCCCAGCGACAGCCCCGAAACCUGAAGGAUCUGGAGAAGGUCUGUAUGGAAGAGUGGGCCAAAAUCCCUGCUGCAGUGUGUGCAAACCUGGUUAAGACCUACAGGAAACGUAUGAUCUCUGUAAUUGCAAACAAAGGUUUCUGUACCAAAUAUUAAGUUCUGCUUUUCUGAUGUAUCAAAUACUUAUGUCAUGCAAUAAAAUGCAAAUUAAUUACUUAAAAAUCAUUCAAUGUGAUUUUCUGGAUUUUUGUUUUAGAUUCCGUCUCUCACAGUUGAAGUGUACCUAUGAUAAAAAUUACAGACCUCUACAUGCUUUGUAAGUAGGAAAACCUGCAAAAUCGGCAGUGUAUCAAAUACUUGUUCUCCCCACUGUAUGGCCUAUACACCACGGCUAAGGGUUGUAUACAGGCACUCCGUGUUGCAUCGUGCGUAAGAACAGCCCUUAGCCUGGUAUAUUGGCCAUUUAUACAACGGGUGGAUCUAAUACUGGAUGCGGAUUGGUUAAAAUCACAUUCCAACCGGUUUCUAUUCCACAAGUUACCACUGGCUAAAGCUAUGAUGUUGAAAUGCCUAUUUACUCUGUUCCAUCUCACUGCGCAAUCCACUGUCUCAUCAGCCCAGCCAGGCAAAUUAUAAACUUGAUCUCCACUAUAAAAAGCAUCUAGACAUUAUCUCCCAUUUCCUUUAGACUAGCAUUUGGUUUUCAACAGUGGAGAUUCAUAUAAACCUUGCUGUCUGUCUCUUCGACAUCUGCAACAUUGUUUCAAUUUUGAAAUUCGAUCUCCUGCUGUCCAAUAGUAAUGAAUGUGUCAGGAGUCGGGAUGAGACAGACAGGCAGCGUUUCUCAUCCAGUCGAAAUCAUGAAUCAGCUGGCAUUAUUUGUAUGGAUAUUUACAAAGAAAUGUCAAUAGAAAACAGGUCAAACUAAACAAAAUGCAGCUAGUUUGCAGUCUUUCCAGUUUCAGUUUGAAGUGAUUGUGUUAGCUGUGAUGUUGGCUAGCUCCUCUGAACAUCAGUGUCCUGAGAGAGCACAUGUUCUAUGCCAGGCGAAAUCGCACCUCAUUAGCUCACUGUUAUGGAUGUAUCCAAAUAAAUGUCACUAGAAAACAGCUUAAAGAAACACAAUUGCAGCUACUUUGCUCUUAUUCUGGCUGCACUUUCUGACGUGACUGUAAAUUAGCCGUAGUUGGCAAGCAAGCAAGGGAUCAGAACGUUGCCCGCCAGUAUGGAAAUGGAACAUUUAGAACGAAUGACUGUGUCACGUUCAUGGAUACAGAACAAAAAUACUUAACGACAGGGUCGCGUCUCUGGCAACUGAACUGAUAGAACGAACAACUAGCCGGCUUGGGUAGCAUCCUUAAAUUUGUGUCGGGACUAUAUCUCGUGGAAGGAUGAAAUAGUAUGAAUAAAUUCAUCAAAAUAAUGUUUUUAAUGAAAAUAUGUCUAUCAUUAUUUGAAUAUGUUGGUAACCCAUUGUAUAACCGUGCCAAUAUAUCCUCCAAACACCUGCUUCGAGGGCAUUAUCACUUUUAUACAACGGGUUACCAACAUAUUCAAAUAAGAUUUACAUAUGUCGUGUAUUGGGAUUAUGCCUUUGUUAAAUGUUUUUAAGUGGAACUGAAAGAAUGUUGAUUUUAGUAUCAAGAGGGAAUGUUUUAGUGUAACGCCACAUACAACAGACAGGAAGUGUGUUGUAGACAGGGGAGACUGGUGAUUGGCCAGAAGAGGGAGCCCAUCUUUUUGCAUUGUUUAUAAGUAGGGGCUAAACGAAGAAGAAAGGCAGAGCGGCCAUUCUGAGGCGUCGCUCUCCGGAUGUCAUGACAUCUGUCACUUAUGCUGUAACCAUGGGAUAUUAAUAAAAGCCUCUAAAACACGGUGCAGCCUAAGCGGACUCUUUGUUGACAGCAAUAAUUGCCACCAUUCACCCGAUACGACACAUAUUUUCAUUUUCCCUCCAAACACAUGGCUUCGAGGGCAUUAUCACUUAAAUGCCACACCCCCUCGUACUUUAUUGCUUAAGUGUACAAUGCACUGCUGAAAUACCUGGAUUUUAUAUAACAAUAUAUUACACUCAUUAUCUGAAUUUCAUUCAUACACAUGAUUUUCUUGUCAUUUGUUAACAAUACAAUUAACUAUCACUUAAUCAAACUGCCCAAAACGGAUAACUACUGAACCACAAUGAUAUAGUGCCUAGUUAACAUAUACAGUUUGAUAACUGCUGAACACUGUACAUUUCUAUAUUUUUACCCCCAAAUAAAUGUUGGAAGGUAAAAACAAAUCAUAUAUUUCAUAUGUGUUAUUUCAUAGUUUUAAUGUCUUCACUAUUAUUGUACAAUGUAAAAAAUAUUAAAAAUAAAGAAAAACCCUGGAAUGAGUAGGUGUGUCCAAACCUUUGACUGGUACUGUAUGUGCUGUAUAAGGAUAAUGAAACUGUAAGACGGAAAUAUUUCUCAACAUGCUCACAACCUGCCAUUGGAUACAAAUUAUAGAAAAUGGUGCAUGUCAAGUUAUAGUCAAAUACUGUAUCUAAAAUAAUAUUUACCAUCUAUUUUUCUAUUCAGCACUUCAAAAAGAACAGUUUUGAAAUGUGUAUCUUGUAUUUUUGCUAUUGGAUGAAAUGGUAGAUAAAAAUACUAGAGUAGCCUGUCCCGGAGCAAGUUGGUUGUGAAGGAUUCAUUAAGUGUACAAUGCACAGCUGAAAUACCUGGAUUAUAUAUAACAAUAUAUUACACUCAUUAUCUGAAUUUCAUUCAUACACAUAUGAUUUUCUUGUCAUUUGUUAACAAUACAAUUAACUAUCACUUAAUCAAACUGCUCAAAACUGAUAACUACUGAACCACAAUUACAAAGUGCCUAGUUAACAUAUAUAGUUUGAUAACUGCUGUACACUGUAUAUUUAUAUAUUUUUACCCCCCAAAAAUGUUGGAAGGUAAAACCAAAUCAUAUAUGGAAGUGUCUGUAAAUACUAAAUCAUAGGACAAAGUGGAAAGAGAAUGCAAAGAGUGUGCAAAGCUGUCAUCAAGGCAAAGGGUGGCUAUUUGAAGAAUCUCAAAUCUCAAAUAUAUUUUGAUUUGUUUAACACUUUUUUGGUUACUACAUGAUUCCAUAUGUGUUAUUUCAUAGUUUUGAUGUCUUCGCUACUAUUCUACAAUGUAAAAAAUAUUAAAGAAAAACCCUGGAAUGAGUAGGUGUGUCCAAACCUUUGACUGGUGCUGUAUGUGCUGUAUAAGGAUAAUGAAACUGUAAGACUGACAUAUUUCUCAACAUGCUCACAACCUGCCAUUGGAUACAAAUGAUAAAAAAUGGUGCAUGUCAAGUAAUAAUCAAAUACUGUAUCGAAAAUAAUAUUUACCAUCUAUUCUUUCUAUUCAACACCUCAAAAAGAACAGUUUUGAAAUGUGUAUCUUGUAUUUUUGCUAUUGGAUUAAAUGGUAGUUAAAAAGACUAAAUGGUGAGACUAUCUUUAUGUCAUGGUAAUGAUGAGUCAGUCUAAGCUCUGUGUGCUUUAUACCGUGUCUGUCAGCCUGGUAAAGUUUGACUGCAAUAAAGGACUUAUCUUUUACUGCGAUUCUCUGUGGUGGAAUGAAUUGUAUAAAAACUAAACUGAAAAAGAAGGUGUUUGAGGGAAUCAGUUUGAGAAAGGCGAAGAGCAGAAUUGCUUAUCUUGUUCACAUAAUGAUUAGUUAUGUGGGAUGCAAGGUUAUUUGUAGAUCAGUGAUUCUGCUCAAAGUGCAAUGAAAUUGACCUCAAACCCAAACAGAGCAGAUUAAUUAAUGUUCCAGAGACAGCAGGAUGCGUUCAAAUGUUGGAAGUUUAUUGGAGUGGAUUUGACAUGUUACAUGGAGCUGAUGUUAAAAUAGGCCAUGACAACAGUGGCCCUAACAACCACACAACCUUUAGACCCAGCUCCUUCAUUAAUCGGGGGGAUGCAUGGUUUCUUAGGCCCAGUUGCAGCACUUGCAGCUGGUGUCAAACACCAGGCCGGCAGGACAUUGCUCGUCGUAGGUCACGCCCUUGCUACAGUUGUAGAAGUGGUUGUUAUUGGUGGGGUCAGGGUAUAUGCCGUCAGCCUUCCCGGCGCAGAAGCCAGAUCCAUUGCUACUACUGCCACCGCUACUGCUGCCACCCCCGCUGCUGCCACCUUGACCGCUGGGCUGUGGGGGGUUGAGUGGGUGCUGGGUAGGAGUCACUGGGGCGAUGGGGUUACUACGGGCUGCACAACCUGGGAGAGACGGAAGACAUAGGAGUGGGGGGGGGAGAUAGAAGAAAAAGUGGGUUGAGAUCUUUUCAACUACAUUUCUACUACUAUUUGAGAGAGUGUUGGAGAGGGUUGUUGUUGAACGUUUGUGUGUGCAUGCAGGCUUGCGUUUGUGUCUGUGUCUCUCACCGGCUCCAGUUCCCAGUCCAGACUUGAUAGUGUUGAUCAGCGGGUAUCUGCCCUGUCCACAGAAGGUUCCAGAGAAGUCAUCCAGAUCCAGACUCCACACCAUGGCUCCUCCGUAGCCAGUGUUCUUCAGCCACUCGAUCUGUAGGGGAGUGGAAGGUUUACUUAAGGGGGUGAAAUUGGACACAUUUGUGUUGGUGAUAGAGUGUUAUCAUUUGUUCCAUGUUGCUCAGUUGGCAGGGAAUGGCGCAUGCAAUGCCAGGAUCGUGGAUUUGAUUCCCGCUGUGGUCACCCAUAAGAAAGGCUUGCACUCACUACUGUAAAUCAUGUAGAUAAAAGCUUCUGCUUAAUUCCAUAUAUUAUUAGGCUUAUUGAAACAGAGUAGGAUGCUACUCCAUUACCCCCUAGUCAUAUCUUUCCCCCAACAGACACACACCCACACAAACACAGACCUUGUCCUGGAAGCUCUUGACGUUGUCAUAUCCGACCCACAGGUUCUGCUGGUUGUAGGCGUAGGGCACCAUCUGGGUAGAGUCCCAGGCCUGGGUAGCUCCCUGCUUCAGGAAGGUGCAGAUCUAAUGACACACACACACUUAUGUUAGGGUUGGGAGUUGCAUGAUUCAGGAAGCUGUAGAUGUAAUCACUCAAAAACAUACACUGGAUUUGCAUCCAAAUUGACACCCUGUUCCCCAUAUAGGACACUACCUUUGACCAGAGCAAACAAGUAGCGCACUGUGUAGGGAAUUUAAUAGGGUGUAAUUUCAGACCUAUCCUAAUCCUGUCAGUUACCUCGUAGUAGGCCAGGAAGCCAGACUGCCUGGUGAAUGGUCCGGCGGGGCCGGGGCCGGUGGCGGGAGCGCCCACUCCAGUGUUAGAGCCACUGGCCAGCUGGAAGGUGUGGCCGUAG